AUAGAAUUUUAGUUAGUGUAUUCAAGUUAAAAAUCAACAUUGAUUAAAGAAAACAGUAAAACGUGCUUUAGUUUGAUACGAGUUCACUGUUGAACUUGGAUAUUGAUGAUGGAUAUUACAGAUGAUACACGAAGGCGUGUUACAUUAAAUGAGCACGGAGUUGAUAACGUUCAUAGCACAGACUUCCCUGGAGAAUAUCCAAACUAUGAUGAUUCGUGGAAUUUUAAAAAGUUCAAAAAGAAUUUCCGUAUAGACAUGAUAAAAAUGAAUGAUGAUGAGUUGGAAUUUGACAUGGUGGGUAUUGAUGCUGCAAUAGCUAAUGCAUUCCGCAGGAUUCUGCUGUCAGAGGUACCCACAAUGGCUAUAGAGAAAGUCCACAUUAACAACAACACCUCCAUUAUACAAGAUGAAGUGUUAGCACACAGACUAGGGCUGAUUCCUAUCAAGGCUGACCCCAGACUGUUCGAGUACAAAACAGAGGGUGAGGAUUUCUCUCCAGAGGACACCAUUAUAUUUCAACUUAAAGUCAAGUGUACCAAAAAUUCCCAAGCUAAAGAUGCGACAGAUCCGGAUGAGCUCUAUAAAGACCACAAAGUUACAACAAAGCACUUAAAAUGGAUUCCUGCAAAAGGACAAGAUACAAUAUUUAAGGAAGGAGAUCUGCGACCUGUUAAUGACGAUAUCCUGAUAGCCAAAUUAAGACCAGGACAGGAAAUAGAUCUAAGGGUGUUCUGUAAUAAAGGAGUAGGGAAGGACCAUGCUAAAUUCUCCCCUGUUGCUACAGCCUCCUAUAGACUUUUACCAGAGAUAAUUCUGAAGUCGCGGAUCACAGGGACUAUGGCAGAGAAGCUACAGAACUGUUUUUCACCAGGAGUCAUUGCUAUAGACAAGGUGGAUGGAGAAAAAGUGGCAAGAGUGGCAAAUUCAAGAAAAGACACAUGUAGUCGAGAAGUAUUUCGUCAUGAUGAAUUAAAAGACUUGGUUGAACUGAAGAAAAUUAGAGAUCAUUUUAUUUGUAAGCUUCAAAAUCUUUCACAAAUCUAUGAAUUUCUGUUAAACUUAUUUAAUAAUCACAAGAAAACAGAUUCAUACGUCUAUUAUGUUUUGCACACGGUACAGUAUGAACACUUUCACUAUGUUUUGCACACGGUACAGUAUGAACACUUUUAUUAUGUUUUGCACAUGGCACAGUAUGAACGCUUUUAUUAUGUUUUGCACACGGUACAGAAUGAACACUUUCAUUAUGUUUUGCACACGGUACAGAAUGAACACUUUCAUUAUGUUUUGUACACGGUAAGUAUGAACACUUUCCAGCUUUCUGGGUAAUGUUUAUGGAUUUCAGAUUUUCUCAAGUUUAAGAGUAGCUGCAUAUUUUAAAAUCUUCAAACAAGCACAAUCACUCCUCCAGGGGGCAUAAUAAGUGUUGAGAGAACAAGUGUCACAUUUGUUCAAACCUCAGAACACAUAAUAACAUUAUACCACUAUAUACAAAAUAUCUUAGGAAUUACAGUCUACUCCACUUGUAUUGAAGUUGCUGAUAUUGAACUGUCUGUUAUAUUGAAGUAAGAAUAAAUCACUAGUAGCAUUAUUUAGGUAGUUGAAUAUUAGUUAUAUUGAACUUUUGAUAUAAUGAACAAUGCUAGUUUGUCACUUGAAAUUUAAUAUAUCUGGAGUGGACUGUAUUUUAAAGCACUGGAACUGGCAGAACUCAACCUUUCUGUUCAUUCAAUGUCCAUUAUUUUUUCUUCUUCAGUUUCUGUAGAAUCGACUGGUAUUCUGCCACCAGACAUACUUGUAGAGGAGGCCAUCAAAGUCCUGAUGAAAAAGUGUCAAAAUUUUCUGUUGGAACUGGAUACAUAGUAAAAAUGUUUUGUUAACUAAUA